AAUGAGUAAGACCAUGAACCAGGCCUUCUGGAAAACCUACAAGUCCAAAGUGUUACAGACCCUAAGUGGGGAAUCUGAGGAGGACCUGGCAGAGGAGAGAGGGAAGCCAGCGUUAGCGGAAUCUGAGCCGGCAGAACCUGCAGAAGAGGCUUUCCAUCCCAUGUCACAGUUGGCCCGCCGGGUUCAGGGGGUCGGGGUGAAAGGUUGGCUGACAAUGUCGUCUCUGUUUAACAAAGAAGAUGAGGACAAGCUCCUGCCACCGGAGCCCUGUGCUGACCACCCGCUGGCGGCGCGGUCCCCCUCGCAGGCGGUGACGGCGACGGAGGCAGAGCCGCGCGGGCCGGGAUUCUGGGACGCGUUCGCCAGCAGGUGGCAGCAGCAGCAGCAGGCGACAGCGGCGUCCAUACUGCGCGGCGCCGAACCCAACCCGGAGCCAGACCCCGAAGCCGGGGAUGAGGCCGCGGAGGAGGCUGCCGAGCGCCCCGAGCCGGGGGAGGCCGACGCCGUGGCCGGCUUCAAGUGGGGCUUCCUCACCCACAAACUGGCCGAGAUGAGGGUGAAGGCUGCGCCCAAGGGCGACUAGCAGGGCGG